AUGGGAAAAGUAACACGUUGUAUACCUAAAACAUCGAAAAUGUGUUCUCCAUGUGGUCCAAUGGUAUGCUACAAAUAUGAAGACUGUGGUCCUCCGCUUCAGUGUCUACCCCGCUCUGCGUUCAAGCGUAAUGGACUGCAAGAUUGCCAGUUCUUCCAGCAGGGGUCAAUACGGUAUUUAUGCCGCACAGAUGGCUGCUGCCAAAAGCCGUGUCCGUGUUGUCCGCCGUGCAAGUUGAAGUCCUCUUUCGUCUAUAAAUUCGGUCAGGGUCCAAAAAACCCUCCGAAGGCCGUAGACCGGAAGAGGACGGCGCAGAAAAAAAGGAUGAAAAAGAAAAUCAGUUGA